GAAUUCACAAAACAAAAAAACUGGUAAGAAAAAAAAAAGAAUAUAAAUGGUUCAUGAUAUAUGGAUUGAACUUUUUUUUUUUUUGUAGAUUUAUUGACACAAGAUGUAUCAACGGAUGAACAACAAGAACCUUUUUUAUUGGAUCCACCUCCAACCAACAAUAGUAACGGCAUUCGAUCUGUAAACCCAUCAAUAGGAUCUACACCUUCACACCGUGUACAAGAUCAGAUCGACCCCUUAUCCUCUUAUAGAAAUGGAUUAAAGAAAUCGGAUGGUGAUGAUACAAAUGGAUUGAUGGAUGGAUGGGAUCAUGAUGAUUGAUAUGAAUAGCCCCCCCCCCCUUUGUUAUACACUGUCUUUUUAUUAUUAUAUUAUUAUUAUUAUUACUAUUAUUACAUUUUUUUUUUUUGGUCACUUCCGCUCUGUUUCACACACACGCUCACACAUACACACGUAUAUAUACAGAUUAUAUUCUCCUUUUUUUUUUUUCUUGGGUAUUUUGUUAUUCUUAGAAGCCUUUGUAUAAUAUCACUUUUUUUCUUAUUAUUGUUUAUACCUUAUUUUCUCAAUAAAAGAAAUAAAAAAAAAAGUAUACUUUGAUUUAUAUAUGGAAUAAUGGGAAUUGAAAAACUAGUUUAUUUAGUGAAUUAAAAGAGAAUAGUAAUGAUGAUGCACGAGUAGAAGAAAAUGAUGGAACUAAAAAUAGCAAAGUCAAAUUAUAUAGAAUGAAUAGAAAGACAUGAUUUAUUGGAAUAAUAUACAGUCAAAAAAAAAAAAAAUAGAUUGAAAUAAAUAAGUAAGAAAUAAAGAAUAAAUAGAAACAUAUAAGGUAAAAAAAAG